AUGUGUGCUUUUGUGAAAAUGGAAAAAAUUGAGUAUCGAGCUGUGAUUAAAUUUUUGUUUUUGAAAGGCAAUACGCUUACGGAAAUCAUAGAUGAGUUGGACUCUGUGUAUGGGGACUCGGCACCGUCAUUUACCACAGUGAAAUUUUGGGUAGCUGAAUUUAAACGUGAGAGCUUGGGAGACGAUAAACGUUCGGGACGUCCAAAAGCUGCAACUACUGACGAUAACCAGUGGCUUCACCGAAUGGUGCUAGACGACCGCCGGAUUAAAGUGAGAGAGAUAGCAGAGGCUACGAAAAUGUACAUUAAACGUGUUUCUCGAGUUUUAAAUUAA